UCUUGAUUGACUUGUUAGUGUGUGGCUGACAAUCAAGGGCGGUGGAGAGAAGGGUGGGAAGAGGAAUGGCGAAGAAGGGACGUUAAUGGCGUAAAUGUAACAUCACUAUCUCGGCUGAAACAUUUGCAACGGGACCGCCAACCGGCAGUGAGGCUCAUUAUCUCCAACAUGGCCACCAACAGCCACAACCUUAACAGUGUUAAUGGCAUCGACCCUCAAAGUGCUGCUCAUGCAACCGCUGCUGAGGCUCGCGCCCGGGGGACGGCUGGGCCCAUUUGCAGCGACAGUAUGGGAUAUGAUGCCGCUCAGAUAUCCGUCACACGAGAAAUAGAUUACGUAAUAGCGAUUGAAGUGCCAAGUCAUCGAGCCAUUCCAAUACCAAUAAGGUCGGAAGCGCACCAUAUGAUAGAACACGGUAGUGUCCCAUCCUCUUUCGUAGGGCAAGGUAGUCUUCCCUUGUUUGGCCUCGAGUUAGAUCCGAGCCCAGUACACAGCACGUUAGAGCGGCGAGGGAGCCAAUUACACGGGAUCCCUCAUCCAGGUGCCGUUCCAUUUGUGGAUACGCCAAGACUUGGUUGGAUGCCAGCACAGGUUCCGAACUCGCAAGAACAAAUGUCUGAUAUUUUGCACUUUGGUCCCGUGGGGAAAGGAGAGACGGCGAGCCAUAACCAGAGCGCCGGGUCUGCAGAGAGAGUUAAGAUGAGCCGGAUAAGCAAAGUAGAACUAAGUGGUGCUGCAAAUCACGGCACUGAUUAUGCCAGGCCUUCGUCUUGCAAUCAGAACGUUACAGUAGACCCUGGCGUCUGCACAGACAAAAGGGAUGUACCAGGGAGGACAGCAAGUACGGCCUGUGAGGAGGACAUGGCUUCUGUUGUCAAGCUCCUGCAGGACGCCAUCCCGAAGCUCACAAACACUGUGUGCAUGCAGUGUGCUGCGUCUCCAGCCGCACACAUUUCCGCAGAAGACUCGCCCCAGCCCACGCAAGACGGCUUGACGUCCUCGGGAGCCGCAGCAGCAAGCUCCCCAACUUUUCCGGAAACUCCUGAACUACAGCCGGAAGAAUUUUGA